AAGUUGGCAUUACCAACGGCAUGACAGUUGACAACUUUGACGUUUUGUAGAAUCGCAAAAGUCAAAGUCACUUUGGAUUUGACAGUUGAUACUUGUCACUGUCAGUUGUCACACUCAGUUUGCUUUAUUUACUUGUCGAAGAGUCGUGCAUCGUGUAGAAAAAUGCCGCAAAUAAUAUUACUGUUUAGUGGAAAGAGAAAAUCAGGAAAAGACUUCCUUACCACACAUUUACAGAACUUGCUUGCAGACAAAUGUGAGGUUUUAAAAAUAUCCCAUCCUAUAAAGAGUCAUUGGGCCAAGGAGAAGAAUUUGAAUCUGAAUGAGUUGUUGGGAGACAGCGAGUACAAGGAACAAUACCGACUUGAUAUGAUCAACUGGAGCGAAGAGAUGAGAGCGCAAGAUUAUGGGUAUUUCUGUAGGAUUGCUUGUCAAGAUGCGACAGACAAGCCAAUAUGGAUUGUGAGCGACAUCAGAAGAAAAACAGACAUCAAAUGGUUCAAAGAAAACUAUGGUGACAAAAUUAGAAACAUAAGAAUAAUAGCUGAUGAAGAAACGAGAAUCAAAAGAGGUUUUAUUUUCAAAGCCGGAGUAGAUGAUGUCGCUUCAGAGUGUGAUUUAGAUGACUUUGUUGACUGGGAUCUUGUAAUAGACAAUAGUGAGGGAAAACAGAAGUUAGAGGAACAAUUAAGUAGUAUAUUGGGGCUGGUAUCUGGUUUAUGACGUCGGGUAAAAGCUGCUCUUUAGCUGGAGGGUCUAGUGCGAGUUUGUUUUACGUUAAUGCGAUCGACAUGUUUAUUACGUUCGGCGUGCUGAUUGGCUACUCUAAGUUAACUAAUCAAUCAGAAGGCUAAACGUGGUAAUGUUUCGAUCAUGUUAACGUAAGAAAUAACUCGUACUCAGUAUCCAGCAGUCACUCGGAGAAUGGAUUGGGUGAUAAAAUACAUCAUGUUCAAAAUAUGAUGCAAAUAGGUUCCAGUAUUUAUAUUAUACGUGACAUGUCUUUUAUCAAGUUUUUAUACAGAUUUGAUAUUAUUGUAAUAGCAAUUAAUUUAAUUUAUUAUGUAAAUUAGUGUCACAAGUAAGUGGUUGGUAAAAACCGGUGAUGGUAUUAAUUUUUAUUAGAGACAGCUAAAAAUUAUAUUAUUGUUAUUUAUUAUAACUUAAGUUAAAAAGUUACAAUCUCCAAAAGGCUCGAAAUAAAAAGACAUAUAUAAUGUAUCAUUAUUUAUUGAACACUAUUUUAACUUUACUUGGUUAAAAAUCAAGGUCUUAAGUAGAUGUCUAUGUUAAUGAACGUAUCAUAUUUUUAUGUAAAUUAUUUGAAAAAUAUACUUUACAUUUUAAUAUUA